AUGUGUAUGGGAGCCACUUGCGGGACCUGUUCGAAGCGGACAUGGCGCGGAUGCGGAAAACACAUUUCCUCCGCUAUGGAUGGCAUCUCCGAGGAUGAGUGGUGCACCUGCACCCCGCGCGUCAAGGUCGGCGAAAAGGACUACCCGCCUGCUGCCUCCUUCCAGGUCCCGGGUCUGUCCUGGUUGACUGGUGGAUCGAAGUAG